AGUGAGGCUAUGUCCUUACUUGGCAAUGGUCUGCGCGACUCAGCGAUCGGAGGGCUGUGCUGCAUCACGUGAGGAUGUGAUCGAUCGCUCCUCAUGCGGCUGCCAUGGAUGUAGACUCAAACAAGUGAGACAUGCCACAGCCUGCAGCUAACGUACCUUUCCUUAUACCACGCAUUCCGUUUAGCCACUUUCACUCUCUUCUCACUUUAUGCCUGUGACUACUACCUCAGCUGCGGUACACAUUACCCCAGUUGUCCUCAAGACCUUCUACAAACAUACCAAACAUAAAGGCCAUAAAGUUAAGAAUGGGGAUACCACAGAAGAGGCCACGGAUGACCUGAUCUAUGAUGAAGCGUUUCAUAUUGUGAAAGCAUUUAUCCAGCUGGGUACACGGAACAAGGUCGAGUCAUUGCAACAUUUCACCAAUACGCAUGUCCCGGCACCGUAUUGGGCUGCGGUCCCACCAGUUCGCAUACCAAUGUCAUCCUGCAACAAAGCGGCAGACUUAAUUAUCAAAUGGUUUGAUCCUGAGGACUUGAAACAAAUAGUUGGCGGCGAAAGAUGGUGGCAAAUCAGAGGUCUUGAUGGCAUUGACGCUGAAUGGGUGACUGAGAAGGAGUACCUCGAUGAUACCAAGCCCCCUCCAGGAAACGAACUCUCGGAUGACGAUUGUGAUAUCCUCCGGAUGGACCAUCUGGAAACCGUAAUGCUCUAUGUACAUGGAGGCGCUUACUUCUGGGGUUCGAUCAACACUCACCGGUACCAAAUCAUUCGUUAUGCCCGAAAGUUCAAAGGUCGCGCGUUUGCAGUGAACUAUCGGAAAGCCCCUCAAUAUCCUUGGCCCUGUCCGUUGCAGGAUGUUAUCGCUGCUUAUCUCUACUUAACCUCACCCCCUCCGGAAGCUCUCCAUAAACCCGUGCCCUCUUCAAAGAUCGUCUUUGCUGGUGAUUCAGCAGGUGCCGGUCUGUGCCUCACAAUGCUCACCGUAUUAAGAGACCUGGGCCUCGAGCAGCCCGCUGGAGCAGUUCUAAUCAGCCCAUGGGUAGAUCUUACCCAUAGUUUCCCCAGUGUGAUGCAUAACGCCUCAACGGAUAUUAUCCCACCCCAUGGCUUUAUCCACAAGCCAUCCACACUUUGGCCUAUCGAAGCUGUUCCGCAGGAAGGUCGUGCUCGAGUUAUUCCAACUCAAACCAACCCUCCUCCGAAACCUGGCCACGCAGAUGUUCUGCGACCUAGUGAUGAACGACUCGGCGAACAAGUCGAACAACGGAUGCAGGCUAGCCAAGGAGAGGCGCUUAUAGCGCAUGCAGGGGAGCUAACAGAGAAGGACGUGAAGACACAGGCUGAGAUGCAUAAUGAAACGAAUGGUGGCACGAUCCGGCCUGAACGUCCACCACAAAAGCAGUCGACGUCAGAAUCAGAGUGUCUCGCCUUCUGGGAGCCCAAACCUCCGAAGGUUCUCAUGAAUGAUCCGAAUGAUAGACCGUUGGAACUGCGUUCACAAAUUCAAUUAUAUGCGACGAAUGAGCAAUUGACACACCCUCUUGUAUCCCCCAUCCUUCAAGGAUCUUUGGGGAACCUUUGCCCUCUUUACAUCAUUGCUGGAGAUGGGGAGUGUCUCAGAGAUGAGAUCAUAUAUGUUGCGCACAAGGCGGCGAAUCCGAAAGAGUACCCAACCAGGGAGGGUACUUUGAAGGAUAGCCCAAGACAGCGAGAGAAUGUGGCGAAAUUCCAAACGCCUACGAAGGUUCAUCUACAGGUAUUCGAUGGGAUGUGCCAUGUUUUGACCGUCUUCAUCUUCACCGAUAGUGCAAAGUAUGCGUAUCGCUCUAUCGCAGAGUUUAUAAAACACGUUACACGCUAUUCUCCUGAACAUCUCGAGCAAAACCCCUUUCCUGAGCUCCAUCGCCCGCCCUCGGAGAUCUCGGACCCACCUAGUCCAGACGAGGAAGAUCAUCCUUCGCUAGAAGUACCUUCUGGAAAGAAAUCACCUCCCAAGGAUGCUGGCAAAAGGCGAUUUAGACCAGAUCACGACAACGGAACCAGGUCGGAUGUCGAGCUCUACAGAGAAAACGAGAGUAAGACGAAGCUGGAAGUGAAGAGUGGGGAUGUGCGGUUUGUCCCGGAUGGUAGCCCUGCGACAGAAGACGAAGAUCGCGAUAUCCCAGGAGUAAGAAUGAUCCGCGAACGGGUCGAUAUCUUUGGCCACGUUCGUCUUAUGGAAGGCGAGGAGGAAAUCCCCGCUUUGCAGAUUCCCCCCAGUGAGAUUGGAUUGAUCAAGGAAGACCCGGUAAGACGUUGGUUAUCCGGUCAGGAGAAGUGGGACAAGAAAUACAAGCGUAACGCCAUCAAGGCAGAGCGCCGUAGGCGACACUAUGAGAAGAAGGCUGCAGUGCUCAUCGCGCAUGCUCGCGAGAAUGGGUUAAUUCUCGACAACGAGAGAACGGCCGUCAUCAAUCAAAGGGCUUCGCUCCCAACUGCGAUGUCGAGCACCUCCGUUGGUAACGUUGAGUGUGACAGACGAUGGGGCCCCUUCGACCUCGAAAGUGAGCAACCUCCUGGGAGUGCAAUCGCGGGACGGAGAGAUACACGUGAAGCGGUUGCUCUCAUAAAGAAGCAUAUCUACCAUUCGGCUCCCGCAACACACAGGACGGUCCCCAGAAUGUCUACUUCAGAUGCAGCUCGGGCUGCGUUCGAUCCAAGUGAUCACCCUUUCAAACCACCUAGGCAGUCUGUAUCUGAAGAACAGGUGCAUGCGCGGAUCAUACCUUUCCACGGUCUUAGAAUGUGGCAGGGGCUCAUUUCGUAUUUCAUGAGGAAGAGCUCCAAGAAGGCUCAGCAGGGUAAACGCCAAGCCCUUCAAACACUCCGAACUGGAAGUGACAAAUUGAAGAACGCUGGUAGCAGUCAUUCUCAACCGAAAGGAAGCUCGCAAAGCAGCAGUACGCGGUAGCAUGAAUUCCAGCCCUUAGUAUACGCUUGGAAGACAAUCGUUCAUUUAAUACGCCGAGCGGAUUCGUUUAUUUCUGCAUAUUGUUUCAUCAGCAAUCUCUCUGGAACAUUCACCACAACCGUCAGAUUCUCAUACAUGUAGCCACCCAUAUUAUUCUGCAAUCUACCUAGAUAGACUACAUACAUGAUUAGCAUUUUUCUGCUGUGUUCGUACGUUCAAGUUGGGCAGAACAUAAAAGCCAUGCACGGACC